AUAAGCCCUAAUUGUUAUGCAACUCCUUAGCAUAAGCUCCUGGCAUGGCUCAUAUGCUUCCCUCGUACUAAGACCGUCCAAAAUAGCAACAAGAAAGCAUGUAACUAAAGACACAGCAGGAGCAUAGGAAUUCACCCAGGCCUUGGAUGUUCUAAAGACUGAACAAUUCCUCAUUUUAAGCCUUCCAAAAUGCUAAGUAUAAUGUAUUUUCUUCGGAGCUUCUUCAAGACCCCAGAGCCAGUUGAAAACUACAUCAGUGAAGGAGAGUUUGAAGAUGAUCUGAGUUCUUCUACCCCAAGCACAACAGAGCUGGAGAUACGUGGAUCCAGCCAAGAAACAGAUGAAGAUUAUUUUGAGACCGUGUCACAUCAGAGUGGAUCUUUGUCAGAUGUAAAAACUGAGCCUUAUGAGAGUGUAUCAGACACAGAAUCUGUUUCUAGUGAUGUAACUGGGGACACUUGCUUGGACUCAAACAGCCUUCUUACUGAAAAAAAGAUUCUGUGCUGUAGUCUUCUUAAAGCAAAUGCAGAAACAAACUUCCAUGAACUUAAGUGCUCAAGGCAACCAGAAUUUACCCAGCAGGUGCAGUUAGAAGCAUCCUCAAACUUAACAGCAGCACUAAGGAAAACUGAACUUUUCGUGAAAUCUGUCGAGUCAGAAGGUGAAGAAUUGAGUGAUGAAGAUCUAACAUUAACUGGUGGUAUUUCCACCAGAGAGAACCAAGUCAGUGAAGAGGGCAUUAUAUCACAGACAAGUAGAAGGUUUGUAGCAGCAUUGCAAAAUAAAGCAGAGUCUGAGAGCGUAGCAGUGCAGUCCUGUACCAGCUCAGUACCUACUGCAGAUGAUAUUACAGGACAGAAGAAAGGACCUGCAGCAUUAAGCACUGCGUGUUUCAAAGCAAACUCAGAAAGUUGUUUGACUUUUCCUGAGGUGUGGAAAUUUUCCUUCCUGUCAGAUGCAGCAUCAAGCUCUAGUUUGCCUAAUCUUCAUUUUGAAACAAAUGGACCUAACUGUAGGAUUUACACAGAGGCAUCUGACUGUAAGUGUGAUUUAGAUUCUAUGUCCAGUGUAAAAUGCAGCAGGAGGAACUCAGUUGGCAGUAAAGAAACUACAGGUAGAAGGAUAAAACAUGGGAGUACAGAGACCAUGUUUACAUCAGAUUCAUUCUUUUACCAGACUUAUUCAAAAUCACAAGUACCACUCACUAGGUCAGAGAUUACAGAAAGUAAAACAUGGCACAGUGUACCAGAAAAUAUCAGUGCUCAAAGCAAGACAGAAUAUGUGGGAAACUGUAUUCAUCUGACAGACAAAUUUAGAUGGUCAUGUUCCAGAAUACAUCUUCAAAGCCUGGAUUUGGGAUACACUUGGAAAAAUGUAGGAAAGGUACCUGUAAGCCCUGAAAAGGCAAUACAAAUUGAGGACAAAUUUGGCAUAAAAAGAUCUCUUCUUAAUACUGGCAUAGGCUCAAAUGAGCCUCAGCUUUCUCAACCAGUAGGUUCUCCCCAAUGUGUUGAUUAUUAUUUGCACCAUAAAUCAGAGACAUGUGGCCUUACUGCAGAAGCAGCAGGUACAAGUUUAUCUUCUACACAGAUUGAUGCUUGUGAAUGUAAUCUGAAACCAAAGGAGACUUCAUCUGCUCUGGGCUGUGAGCCAGUGAUCAUAAACACUGAAGAACAUAUAAAUAAUGACCAGUACAGAGCUGAACGAGAUCUGGAAGCAGACAGAUUCCCUUGUGAUAUUGAUGUUGAAUCUGGCAUUGGUGACACUGAGAACCUAGCAGCUUGUCAUGUAGGUUUUCCUGCUAUUGUGGAAAACAGAGAUUGUGAUUCUUCUAUACACUGUGUUUCCACUGGUAGAAUACAUCAGAGAAGUUUGAAAGAGUCUGAACUGCCAGUGCAGAGGUACUCUCUGGUAGGGAUACAGCUGAAGAAAACCCAGAAGUUUCAGAAGAGACAAGAGAUAAAACAGAUGCAGUUUCAUCCUCAGGGCUCACCUGUAAUAAUUCCUGGGUAA